AUGAAGAAAAUUAGACAAUAUACAGAUGAAUAUUUGAAAUAUUCAAUAGGAUAUACAUAAAUAGCUCUAUCAUAGGAUUAUUAAACAUUUUGGAUUAUAAUAGAGAUAAUUGCAUAAAUUUAAAGAAUAGCAAUGGUUUUUUUGUUUGAAGAAGUGUUACAUAUUCUUUAAGAUAGAAGAAAUAUAAAUAUAAAUUAUGUAUCAGAUUAAUGGGUAUGCAAAUUUAUAUCUAAGACAUUUGUGCCUACUAUUUUAAUGGCUGAUAUGUUUUCAAAUAAUUCAAUAAUUGCAAUAUAAAUAAUUCUGAUUGUUCUUUUAUGUUCACCUUUAAUAGCAAUUGCUAUAUUCAUUGAAUAUGAGAAAUCAAAAUUUGCAACAAUUCAAUUUAAAUCCCAAGUAGGAGGACCAGAUAAUUCAAAUCGUAAUUAUUAGGUUGAUAUUAUUAGUUUCAAUUAAUCUUUUAAACAGAUCUUAUAAUAUGUCUAAUUUUAUUGAAAAUUUCUUAUAUUAAUAAUUAAUGGGUAAUGAUUAAAGAUCAUGGUUAAAUGUUGUAAGAAACUUUUUAGCUAAAUUAUUGAAUACAUAUCCUCAUAUAUUCACAAUACCUUUGAUGUAUUGGAAUCUUUUAGUAGUAUUAUUAGUGAUUUUUGAUAUAGAAAUAUCAAAUAAUUAGAAAUUAUUUAUGGUUGUUUUAGAUACUGUAACAACAAUUGAAAUGAUUAUAUUAUGGACAUUUUCAAUGAUUGCUUAAAGAAGUUAUACAAUGUUUGAUAAUAAUCAUUUAAGAAUAUAAUAAUCAACAUGGUUUAAUAUAUCUUAAGUAGUGAAAUUUAUGCCUAUUAUAGUAUAAUUUAUAUACUUUCUUUAUUCAGAAACUUAAUAUGAUAAUAAUAUAUAGAUCUUAAUAACAUCAAUAAUAUAAGUUAAUUUAAUUGGAGAUUUAUUAGAUUUUUUUAUUUCUAUUCCUUAUAUGUUUGAAUAUAAACAAAAUAUAUCAUUUUUAUGUUUAAGUGCAUCUUUAACAAUAUCACUUUCACAUUAAUUUUAAUUAACUUAAAUGUAACUAUUUUCAAUGUGUUUAAUAUGUAUACCAAUAUUAACUAAAAUGAUUAAAGUUAUAUUUAAUUAUGUUUUACAAUAAAUAUUUGAUUAAUAAUUAUAUAUGGAAAAGAAAAAAACAAAAAUUUAAAAACGUUCAAGUUCAAGAAGAUCUCAAUUUGUUGAAGAUGAUUUAUAACCAUUUGUUAUAGAAAAAGAAAUGUAGGAAAUUAAAAAAUAAUAAAUUGAAUCUUUGAAAAAUUAACAUUUUAGAUAUUUUGUUCAUUAUCUAAGAUAUAUUUCUUUUUUUAGAUUAUCAGAUUAAUAAUCAUUAGAUAAAUAUUCUAAAAUAGAUAACAUAAAGAAAUCUAAUUUUUUAAUUAAGAUUAUUGUUCUUAUUAAAUCUCAUGUUUAAAAUUGUACAAGUGUAUAUUGUUAUUGUAAAGGAUUUAGAGGAGAAAGAAGAUAAGUAAUGGAUAGUAGAAAGAAUAAAGUUGAAAUGAAAAUAUAUAAUUCUAUUUAAAUUAAUAAUAUCUAUCUUCAAAUAGAAUUAAUUGAAAGAUAUAUUAGACAUUUUACAAAAUAUGUUUUUGAAAUAGAAAAUAAUGAAAAGAAUCCUAAUAUAUUUAGAUUAUCAUAAUUAUUAUUAUAUAUUUGUGAUUCUGAAGAAUGUUAUUAAGUUAUGACAUUUAUAAUGGAUUAUAAAUAAAGAAAUAUUAAAAAUACUUCAAUGUUGAAUGAAGUCACUCUUACACUUAUUAUUGGUUUGGUUAAACAUAAAGUAUUAUAAAAAAUGAAACAUAAUUUAACUUAAGAUGAAGUUGAAAUAGGAAUAAGAUAUAAAAAUUUUAGAAUUACUGAAAUUAGAAGAGAUUAAAUUUUAAAUCAUAUAUUUAUUAAUAUUGAUUAAAAAAUUAAAUUUAUUAAAAGUUUACUUGAAUUAAAGAUGAAUUUUUAAUAAUUAUUUUAAUCACUUGCUUAACAUGUUAGAAAUAUGACUAAAAUACAAAAAGAAAUAGAAAUCUUUUAAAAAUAUUCUAAUUGUAGAACAUCUGUAUUAUUACAUAUGUUUUAUGCUUUAGAGGUUACAUGUGAUUUUGAUAAAUUUGUAAGAUUAAGAAAUUCAUUAAAAACUAAGAAUUAUAAGUUUUUUGAAUAUCCUUCAAUAAGUGCUAAUACAUCUUCUGUUUAAGGAUAUAAAGUACUUUAUCUCAAAACUAAUUUGGCAAGACAUUCAAUAAAUGGCAAAUUUUUUAGAGGUUAAAUUAUGGAUUUUUCUAAUAAUGCACCUUAUUUAUUAGGAUAUGAUCCAAAAGAAUUUAAAUAAACUAUUUAAACAGUACAUUAAAUAGUUACUCCUAAUUUAGCUACAUAUCAUGAUUAAUUAUUAGAAAUAUUCUUUCUUACAAACAAACCUCCAAUUAUUCGUAAAAGAAGACCUCUAUUAAUGUAAAAGAAAUUUAGAGAAUUAAUAUUUUGUGAAAUGUAUCUUGAUCUUUCAUUUAAUAUAUGUGAAGAUGCCUUUCCUAUAUAUUGCUUUCUUAAAUAGAUUGUGCCUUAUGGAAAGUAUGAAAAUAUUAAAGGACAUAUUGUGAUUUCUGAUACAUUUAAAAUAUAAGGAAUAUCAAAUUUAGCAUUAGAAUAAUUAAAAAUUAAAAUUAAUGAUUAUUAUAAUAAAGGAAUUGAAGAGAUUAUUCCUAAUUUUUAACAUUAUGUUGAAUAAUUGUAACAUUAAUAUUAAGCAUAUUAAGAUGAAGAAAUUAUAAGAGAAGAAAAUGGUUCAAUUAGUAAUAAAUUUGAUUAUUAAUAAUAAGAGAGAUUGCUUAUUCAUUUUACAAUUGAAGUUGAAUAAUUAACAUUUAUUAUUCCUAAAUUUGAUUCUUAAUCAGAUAUUUAUUAUGCAAAUUGUUCAAUAUCAAUGUCAAUAGGAUUUAUACAUACUAAAAUUUAUUAAGCUUAUUUAAUAUCCAUGAAGAAAAUUUCAUUAGCAGAAAAUUAAUCUAAUUCGUUAAUGUUUGAUGUAUUUAAAAAAGGAACAUCUUAAGCAUCUCUAAAUCCUUUAAGAUUGGAUUCCAUAUAAGGAUUAAUUGAUAUCAAAAGUGAAAGUGGAGAUAUUUCAGAUCUAUAAUAGAUCGAAUAUACAUAAAAUGAAAUGAAUAAUAUAUAAGAAUAUUAGUUGCCUUAAAUUUAUUCAAAUUUUUAAACUCCUUUAGAUUCCAGUAGAUUAAUACUUACUUCCUAAAGAGGAUAGAAUGAAUAAUUAUAAAUUAAUGUUAUUGAAUCUCAUAAUAAUCUAAUAAAUGAAAAUGAAAUUUAAAGUUUACAUAAAGGUUAAAAUAGUUAAAAAACUAAUACUAAUACAAAUAACAAGAAACCAAAAUAAUAAUAAUAAUCAAAAUAUUAGUAAGAGUUUUUUGAAGUUAAAGUUGGACACUAAAAAAUUUCUGAAAUUGAAGUUUUGGAUGAAGUAUCUGGUAAUGGAUUAUAGAAGAUUCAUUAAACUGAUACUCAUUAUUAGUUACAUGGUAAUAAAGAUAGUUCAGCUAUUAUUUAAAAAUCAUAAUUAUAUAAUAAAUUUUCAAAGAAAGGCAACAUUCCAAAAUUAGUCAAAGUUGUAUUAGCAGUAGAUAUUUGUAAUUUAAUCAUUAUUCUGCUAUUAUCUUAAUUAUUUUAUUUACUUUAUAAAUCAAAUAUGACUGAAAAUAAAGAAAUAUUAGAAGUAUUUGGCCCUUUUACAACAGCAGAUCUAAUUCGAAAUACAUUAUUGGGUCUAGGACAUUUGUAAAAUUCAAAAAAUUCUACUUUAUAAAAUGAAACUACACAAUUGAUUACAGAAAAUAUAAACCUAAGAUUUUCAAUAUUUUAAUAAGUAUCUCAAAAAUAAGUAGUUACUUCAACUAUAUCUGAAGCAUAAAUGAAAUUAUAUGAUUAUUUUUAAUAAGAAUCAUAAUAAGUUAGUGCAUGGACUGAAAUAUUUUAGAUUUGGUAUCAAAUGAGUAAUUUUAAAGAUUUUAAUCCUUAAGAUGAUUAAUAUAUGCAAAAAUUCUAUAAAACUAUUCAUAUUUUACUUAAUUCAUUUUUUGAUUACAUAGAACAAUAUGAAAUAAUAACAGAAGAAUUUAAUUAAAAGAUAUUGAGUAAUUUAAAUGAUAUUGUAUCAUAUUAUUAAAGUGUAAUUUCAUCUAUUGCUCUAGCCAUAGAAGUACUUGUAAUUGUAUGCUAUUCAAUUGCUUAUAUGCACUUUUUUCGUCUUAAAAGGAGAAUUCUUAGAAGUUCUGAAUAAAUAUAAAUACAAUCUUUAGAAGCUGAAAAAAUUAGAUUAUCAAAUUUAUUAUAUUUAUAUAAAAAUGCAAGUGAAUUAAAUUUAUACAAAUAUCAAUUCAAUUUCAAAAGCAAAUUAUAUUAGGAAAAUUAGAAUUUAUCAUAGUUUCAAAGUUUAAAAUUUACAAAUUAUACAAGAACAGAUUCUAAAAAAUAAUUUAAAAUACAGGAAUAAUAAUAUUCUUGUCUUUAACAUCCCUUUGUAUUUUAUCCAUUGAUUGGAAUAUUUUUAUGUUGUUUUUACUUAGAAUAUUCUCUUAUUACCAAUUAGACAUAUAUUGAAAUGUUAUCAUAAAGACUUAAUUAAUUUUCUGUUUAUAUAAAUUACUGUUAAGAAGUAACUGAAAUCUGUUAUUGUGAUUAUGUAGUAUAAAUUCAAGAAAAACUUAAAGAUAUUAAUAUAACUGAUUAAUUAAUAAAUACAUAUAAAGAUUAAGUUUAAGAGGCUUAUAGGGAAUUCUUAUACUAUGAUGAAUAAUUUAAAUAUGGAUAUUCUGAUUAGACAUUGGAUGUUUUAACUAAUCUUUUAUAAAAUACAUGUUCGAUAAUAAUUAAUCCAUUAUGUACAACGAUUUUAAAUGGUAAAUUAACAGAAGGACUAAUGUAUUCCAUUUAAUAUUAUUCAGAUAUGGUAAGAGAUGAUAUAAAUUCAGAAUUUAAAUAAAACAAAAAAUUCACAAGAGAUGAUCUAAUAGGGAUAAACUUUAUUUCUUAAAGUUUAGAAAACUUAUUUAUAGAAAUGAGAAAUACAUUAGAAAAUGAAAUUCAAUCUUAAUUAGAUGAUAAAUUUAGCUAUUUCAUACUUUUUGAGAUUGUAACAGUUUUUAUCUACUUUUGUUAAAUAAUUUUCAUAUUUAGAUUGCUAAGUUCAAAGUUUUUUGUUUGUAGAUAAUUACCAUACCUAUUGCCUCCUUAAUCAAUUUAUGGAGAAGACAGUUUUCUAAAAUCUUUAUAAUAUAUUGAAAAAAUAUAUAAUAAUAUUUUACAAUGA